AUGAGAAGUCUGACGAAAGCAAGUGUCUUUCUAGGGGCCUUUGUUACUCGUUUAUCUGGACGCACGCCUGAGGAGAGUCAUGGGAAUGAUGAGGUGUUUCUGAGUGUAAAUACGGAUGCUAGGGAGGGGAAUGUAUCGAGUCCGUUGCUUUAUGGGGCGAUGUUUGAGGAAAUGGACCACUCAGGCGAUGGCGGAAUCCACGCCCAACUCCUCCGCAACAACGGCUUCCAAGGCUCCGACCCUGACCUAACAGCCUACAAACCCAUUGGCGACGUGGAUAUUUCCGUUGACCCCCUCCGCCCCGUUAGUAACGCCAUCAACGCUUCACUCCAAGUAACUGUACCAAAAGACGUGACUGGAUUUGUGGGUUUCGCAAACACGGGAUAUGCAGGUGUCCCUGUUACAAACGCUACGUACCAGAAUUCGUUUUGGAUGAUGGGGGAGUAUAAUGGGACUGUGACGGUCCAGUUGGUUGGAUCGAGCAGUGGGGAUGUGUUUGUGACGUAUAAUUUGAGCGUUGAGAGUACAGAGAAGGAGUUCAGACGGUUUGAGACGAGCUUCAAUUCGACGAGAGCUGCAGAGGAUGGGGAUAAUGAGUGGAGAUUGUUGUUCGAUGGUGCGUUGGUUAAUGGGAGUUUCUUGAACAUCGGGUUGGUGGAGUUGUUUCCACCAACUUAUAAGGGGAGGGCUAAUGGCUUGCGCGAUGAUGUUGCCAAAUUCUUGGAGGCGAGUAAGCCUACGUUUUUGCGCAUCCCAGGAGGCAACAACAUCGAGGGCCUUUCAAUCCCGAAACGAUGGAUUUGGAAUAAUACAAUUGGACCUACAGUUGACCGGCCUGGACGAGAUGGUAAUUGGUUCUACCCUAAUACGGAUGCCCUAGGUCUCGAUGAAUACAUGUGGUGGUGCGAAGACAUGAACAUGACGGCCGUGCUGGCUGUUUGGGAUGGCAAGUCGUAUGGCGGUAUUGUAUCUGGACCAGACUUGGAGCCUUAUGUUGAUGAUAUCAUGAACGAGCUUGAGUACCUCCUCGGUCCCUCCAACUCAACCUGGGGCAGUCUUCGCGCAAAGAACGGUCGUAAGGACCCCUGGCCCCUACAUUACGUCGAAAUUGGCAAUGAAGACGACUACACCGGUGGAUGUCCCACAUACCCCGACCGAUUCACCCAGAUCUACAAUGCCAUCAACGCCACAUACCCCGAUAUCAACAUCAUCGUCUCCACUGGAGUACAGAACUGUAUACCAUCACCAUUACCACCAGGUGUCAUGAUCGAUCUGCACUACUACCAGUCGCCGGAUCCGCUAGUUGGAUUAUUUAACCAGUUCGACAACUUCCCUCGAGAUCGGCCUGUCAUCAUUGGAGAAUGGGGAUGUCGCAACACGACUGCUGAACGAGGACAGUUCUGGAGUUUUGUGCAGGGAAGUUGCGCUGAAGCCGUGCAUAUGAUUGGGUUUGAGAGGAAUAGUGACGUUGUUAAGAUGACGGCUUAUGCGCCGUUGCUGCAGAACUUCGCGUUUACGCAGUGGUCGCCAACUCUCUUCGGCUUCUCCUCAAACCCCAACUCCCUGACUCCGUCAACAUCCUACUUCAUCCAGCAGAUGUUCGCCGGCAACAAAGGGACCUCAGUCCUUCCCGUCAACUCAACCAAAGAUUUCGGACCAGUGUACUGGGUCGCCUCACGGAACGAGACAACCAUCCAUCUGAAACUAGCCAAUUACGGCGCAGACAACCAAACCGUCAUCGCAAACAUUCCGGAUACAAGAUCAGGUACUCUGGAGAUGUUAGCAGGAUCGCAAUUUGCGGGGAACAAGCCGGGGGAUAUUAAAAUCGUGCCGAAGAGGGAGAGAAUUGUGAGCAAAGGGAACUCGGGUAAUUAUACGGUGGAAAUGCCGGCAUGGGGAGUUGCGGUCUUGGCUGUUGUGUGA